ACCGUUGCUCCCUGUACCGCCGCGCCCGUGACCCGGAAGAGCUUUCUCCUUAGCAACUGCGGGACCGCGGCGGCGCCGGCCUCCGGGGAGCAAGGCUCGUGACACCUGAGCUGCUCAAGGCAGGAAGAACUCAGAGCUGAGCAGUGGAGGCCCCCAGGAUCGGGAGAGAAGAGGCGCUUUUGGAACCAGUGAUGAGCCAUCUUGACUGCAGGCUGAACCCGGGGACCCCCAGAGGUGUGUCCUCUGUGGUUGGCCCACAUGGUGUUGGUGCUUCGCCAGGUGACAAAAAGUCAAAGAACAAGUCCGUACGAGGGAAGAAAAAGAGCAUAUUUGAAACCUACAUGUCCAAGGAGGAUGUUUCGGAAGGUUUGAAGAGAGGAACACUUAUCCAGGGCGUAUUGAGAAUUAAUCCUAAGAAGUUUCACGAAGCCUUCAUUCCUUCCCCGGAUGGCGAUCGAGACAUUUUUAUUGACGGGGUUGUUGCUCGUAACAGAGCCUUAAACGGGGAUCUGAUGGUUCUAAACUUGUUUCCAUUUGGCCAGUGGAAGGUAAUUAAACCAGAGAGCUGUGACAAAGAAACAGACGGUGCCUAUGAAUCAGAUCUCCCCGAGGAGCUGUGUGGAAGCCAUCUCCUGCAACAGUCCCUGAAAGGCGAUAAUGACAGUCCCGAUGUCAUUAUAGAGGCUCAGUUUGAUGACAGUGACUCAGAAGAUGGACACGGCAACACACAAAGUGUUCUGGUGGAUGGUGUUAAGAAACUCUCAGGCUGGGUUCAUGAAAAAGGAAAAGAGGAUGCUGGUGCAUCAGGUACAAAAGACGAGAGCACCUCUGUGGCACAGGACACAAGAGCUUUACCAGAGAAGUCGCUGCAAAGAUCAGCAAAGGUGGUUUACAUCGUGGAGAAAAAGCAUUCCCGAGCAGCAGCUGGCUUCCUCAAACUCCUGGCUGAUAAGAACAGUGAGCUGUUUAAGAAAUAUGCCCUGUUUUCUCCCUCGGACCACCGAGUGCCUAGAAUAUACGUGCCUCUCAAGGACUGCCCUCAGGACUUUGUGACCCGGCCUAAGGAUUACGCCGACACACUGUUCAUCUGCCGCAUCGUGGACUGGAAGGAGGACAGCAAUUUUGCGCUGGGGCAUCUGGCUAAGAGUCUGGGGCAGGCCGGUGAAAUCGAGCCCGAAACAGAAGGAAUACUUACAGAGUAUGGUGUGGAUUUCUCCGAUUUCUCUUCAGAAGUUCUAGAGUGUCUCCCACAAGGCUUGCCCUGGACAAUACCACCGGAGGAAUUAAGCAAGAGAAGAGAUUUAAGAAAAGACUGUGUCUUCACCAUCGACCCAUCGACUGCCCGAGACCUCGAUGACGCUCUCUCCUGCAAGCCACUCGCUGACGGCAACGCCUACGAAGUGGGAGUUCACAUUGCCGACGUCAGCUACUUUGUUCCUGAGGAGUCCGAUUUGGAUAAAGUGGCUGCUGAGAGAGCUACAAGUGUCUACUUGGUUCAGAAGGUGGUCCCCAUGCUUCCCAGGCCACUGUGUGAAGAGCUAUGCAGCCUCAACCCCAUGACCGACAAACUGACCUUCUCUGUGAUCUGGACGCUGACUCCGGAGGGCAAGAUCUUGGACGAGUGGUUUGGCCGGACCGUCAUCUGCUCCUGCACCAAACUGAGCUACGAGCAUGCGCAGAGCAUGAUCGAAAGCCCGACUGAGAGCAUCCUGGGGACGGAGCUGCCCCCCAUGUCCCCGGAGCACACCCGUGAGGAGGUCCACCGGGCUGUCCUAAGUCUGCACAGAAUCGCAAAGGAGUUACGCAAACAGCGGUUUUCGGACGGUGCACUGCGUCUGGAUCAGCUAAAGCUUGCCUUCACUCUGGACCACGAGACUGGAUUGCCUCAAGGAUGUCACAUCUACGAGUACCGCGACAGCAACAAGCUCGUGGAGGAGUUCAUGCUCCUGGCCAACAUGGCCGUGGCCCACAAGAUCUUCCGCGCCUUCCCCGAGCGGGCCCUGCUGCGCCGGCACCCCCCACCCCAGACCAAGAUGCUCAGUGACCUGGAGGAAUUCUGCGACCAGAUGGGGCUGCCCAUGGACUUCAGCUCUGCCGGGGCCCUCAAUAAAAGCCUGACCAAACUCUUUGGCAAUGACAAGUAUUCACUGGCCCGGAAGGAGGUGCUCACCAACAUGUGCUCCCGGCCCAUGCAGAUGGCGCAGUACUUCUGCUCGGGGGCCCUGCAGGACCAGGAGCAGUUCCGACACUACGCGCUCAACGUGCCGCUCUACACGCACUUCACCUCUCCCAUCCGCCGCUUCGCCGACAUCAUGGUGCACCGGCUCCUGGCCGCCGCGCUCGGAUAUAGGGAGCCGCCAGGCGUAGAGCCGGACGCCUUGCAGAAGCAGGCUGACCACUGCAAUGACCGGCGCAUGGCGUCCAAGCGCGUGCAGGAGCUCAGCACCAGCCUCUUCUUCGCCGUCCUGGUCAAGGAGAGUGGUCCCCUGGAGUCGGAAGCCAUGGUGCUGGGCGUCCUGAACCAAGCCUUCGACGUGCUGGUGCUGCGCUACGGGGUGCAGAAGCGCAUCUACUGUAACGCCCUGCCACUGCGGUCCCACCGCUUCCAGAAGGUGGGCAAGAAGCCAGAGCUCAUGCUCGUCUGGGAGCCAGAGACCCUGGAGCAGGAGCCGGUGCAGCAGGUCAUCACCAUCUUCAGCCUGGUGGAGGUGGUGCUGCGGGCAGAAACUGCAGCCCUCAAGUACAGUGCCAUCCUGAAGCAUCCGGGCACCGAGGGCCUCCUGGGCCCACAAGACAGAGAGGGGCAUGACCACGAGGACGAGCAGGAGGACUGAGGCCACCAGCCCAGCCCCACCCCCCCACCUGCCCCACCCGCUGGCUUUUAGGAACAGGACCUUUGGACACCAAAGGGGAUUUUUAAUUUGGUUUUUAACAACUCAGGGUUUUGUUUUUAUUUUUUCAUUCUACUUUAUUUUUGCAGCUCAGUUUUUAAAUGAACUGGAGGGGAAGAGAGUGGGUCUGGAUGGGAGGCUGAGGCCUGGCCAGCGCUUACCUGAGCAGAGUAGUUCCCGGUCCUCCUGGGAGGCCAGCCCCGCUUCUGCCAGGCCACUCACUGCCUUCCCCUUACCAGGAAAGGGGGUUUUUAGCAAAUCAGUGUCAUGGAAUAAAAUCAAGUGUGAAGUGCA